UCCGUGCAAUAAGCAAAGAAGAAGAUAUUUUAAUUGACGUCGGCAAGCAUAGUGUACGUCUUUUACCUUAUGCUACUGCCAAGUUGAAUCCGGACGAUGAUAAGCUAUGUUUACCAAGAUCAAAUUCCAGGAAAAAGCCCGCAAUUAAAUUAUUAAUUUUAUUCAAUAAAACAUCACCAAAUUCAAUUCGUUAUUCAAGAUUGGAUUUUGAAACGGGUGAUAGAACUAUGCAUGAUGUUUAUUCAAAAGAGAUCGAACAGCAUCGUAUGACCGAUGUAGUUCAUGGUGAUCAUUUAGAAUAUGUAAAUAUUCCAGUUAACCAGCCGGGUGUAUAUCAACUUGAAGAGGCAUUAGAUCAUGAUGGAAUGGGAAUAAAGAUAUAUAAAAGAGAUGUAACUAUAGUAUAUUGUCCAAUGGCAAAAUUUGUAUUAAAAUCAAGUUCAAAUCUAUGCGUUGAGGAUGAAAUACACGUUGACCUAAUGUUGCAAGGUGUACCCCCUUUAAGCGUGAUCUAUGAAAGAAGAAUAAACAACUAUGCACUUAAUAUGACUAUAGACAGUAUCGGUCCUGAGCAUUAUAUUUCUCCCCCAAUUAGAUCAGAUCAAGAAGCUGCGAUGUUGGCAUCAUCUGGAAAUUAUCAGUGGGCUCGUGAUCAAUUAACCGAGGUUCGGUUGAAUCUUUCUGCUGAAUUUGUUGCGGAUUAUUGGUUGAAAGUUUUACAGCUUCAAGAUGUAUUAAAUAAUACAGUUAUUUAUAAAAAUGAUCAAGACACCAAUGUUAAUGACAUUGCUGAAAGUGACGAUGCAAUCAUCAAACCAAUCGAAGAAUUUGAUAUAAUUAUAAAUAACCCGGACACAGAAAAUGCGAUUAAAGUACAAAAACCCGGAAUGUACAGGCUUCUUUCAGUAACAGAUUCCAAAUGUUCUGGCCAAAUUUUAGCACCUUCCUUUAAGAAUGUGAUUCUCGCUCAUCCACCAACCGUCAAGUUAGAUGCCAUUCCUAUACCCGCAGAUGAUUGUCCUGGAGAAAAUAAAGAAAAAAAGGACUAUGUAAAAAUUGAAAAGUCAAGACAUUCAAUGAUUAUUAAGCCAACUACUUCGGGACAAUACGAAUAUAGAUUUUUCCGUUUGACGGAUUCCAUUUAUCGUGAAGGUGUUAAAAUAGAUCAUAAAUUCUCUCAAACUGUACACCCGAAACCUAAUGCCGCUUUUAAAGAUUUAAAAAAUCGAUUGUUGAAUGGUUGUGUUGGAAGUCGCAUCGACUUGGAAGUAGAACUCACAGGAACUG